AUGGCGACAGACCGACCGGAGCCGCGACCUCCGUACUGUCUACUUGUACUGGUGGUGGUGAAGACGCGCACAGAGUUCCAGACGGAGAAGAAGAGGAUGAAGGCGCCGAAGGUGGAGGAGUUCACCAUCAGCAUCACUGACGGAGUUUCUGAGCGGCUCAAGGUCACCAUACUGAUCAUCCUGGCCCUGGCCUUCCUCGCCUGCAUCGUUUUCCUGGUGGUUUAUAAAGCCUUCACCUACGACCACGCCUGUCCAGAUGGAUUCAUAUACAAGCACAAGCGGUGCAUCCCAGCGUCCCUCGAGGCCUACUACGCCGCGCAGGAUGCCAACUCCAGGGGGCGCUUCUACACAGUGAUCAGCCACUACAGCAUGGCCAAGCAGACCACCUCGCACUCCGUCUCCCCCUGGCUGCCCGGAGGAGGCGCUGCUGCGGGCGGACACCACGACUCCAAGCCCCCCAGCGGAGAGGCCCACUGA